UGCCGGUCGGCGAUUGCUGGUUAUACCGGUUCAUCAGGUAUCGAUCUUAUCGACCACGUCUACGUGAAAAGAGGAGUAAUGGGCACCACCCAGCUGUUCCGGGAAAGUUUAUCGAAUCCCAGAAACUCAGGACUCCUGAGAACUCUAGUGUUUUAUAAACGUUCGGCUCAUCGGCCAGGUAUUGAAUUACCUGGUGACAGUGUACCGCAAUCAAUCACUUGAAGAGUACAGUAUUAUUUAGCUUGGGCAUUUGUCAUGGCACUACAACGGGUCCUAAAUAUUGGCACUCAACUUAUUUCAAGGAAAUUCCAUAUUUCUCAACCUUCAUCCAAAGCAGUAAUCAUAGAUGGCAAGAAGAUAUCGAAGCAAAUUCAGAGUGAAUUAAAGGCUUCGGUGGACUCGUGGGUACUUGCUGGUAACAGGCGCCCAAAAUUGGUAGCAGUGCUUGUAGGCAACAAUGAAGCCAGUAAAUUGUAUGUCAAGAAAAAAUGCGUAACAGCUGAGUCUAUAGGUAUCGAUAGUGAAACAAUAACAAUGUGCGAAGACACUUCUCAAGAUGAUUUGAUUCGCGUGGUCGAAGAAUUAAACCACGAUCAUUCGAUUGAUGGUGUACUGGUGCAAUUACCACUACCAAACAACAUUGUUGAAAGAGAGAUCUGUUCCGCUGUAGCACCAGCUAAAGAUGUGGACGGAUUUCAUCUUGCAAAUAUGGGAAGACUGUGCUUAGGGGACAGGGGUAUAGUUCCAGCAACGGCGCUAGCUGUCAGGGAAUUAAUAAGCAGGUCGAACAUAGAGACCAAAGGUAAGAAUGCUGUGGUGAUUGGUAGAUCGAAACAUGUCGGAUUACCGAUAGCUCUGUUGCUGCAAGGAGAUGGAAAAGGUCAAGUGGGAGCUUUGGAUAUGACGACAACAAUUUGUCAUCGCUACACCCCCCAUGAGGAGUUAAAGAAAUAUACCCAAUUGGCAGAUGUCGUAAUCUCAGCAGUUGGUAUUCCUCGGUUACUGACAAAAGAUAUGAUCAAGCCAGGAGCAUGUGUUAUCGACGUCGCUAUUAACAGAGAAUUAGUCAAUGGAAAAUGGAAAUUAACAGGCGAUGUAGAUUUUAAUGAAGUAGCUGAAGUGGCUGGACAUAUUACACCAGUCCCUGGUGGAGUUGGCCCAAUGACUGUGAUUAUGCUUAUGAAAAACACCUUAGAGGUAUCUCAAAAAAGACCUCAACAGUUAAUCUAUGAAGUUGGUAAAGAAUUAGAGGAUACAGGAAGGAAAUUGCUCAACAAAUAUAAUUAAUUACUAACAGAGAAUGACAAGUAACCAUCAUUGGCAAUUCUGAAAAAUUCAUAUUUGAACGCUCGGACUGAUUACAAAGUAUUUUAUGUAAGGUCCUGAUUAAUCUGGACAAAUAAUUUAAUGAUGUGGAUUAAUAAUGCUUUUAUAAGUUUAAUAUAUAUUAAUUUAUAGGAUAUA